GGUGCUGGGUGAAGGUUGCCAACUGACCCUCAUACCAGCCUGUGCCUGUGCCUGUCAGGCGACAGCUUACUAAGGCGGAAAAAAUAUUUAAAAAAAUAAAACCAGCAGCGGGCGAAGCUCUUUGCCACGUGGAAGUGAGCACGGUCCUUUUCCUUCUGUUUAAAAGAGGCCGGCUGGGAAGUUGGCAGCCCUUCUCCUUUCGGAGCUAGGGCCUGCUCUUGUUUAACGGGGACGUGCUUCUCUGCAUUUCGUGGGAUUGCGGUAACCUUAAGUGUGGGGAAGGGAAGGAGGGAGGGAAGCAAGCGAGCAGCGAGUGGGUGUUUUGAGAGGGGCGGCAAUCCUGGGUCUUUUAUUUCUUUUUGUACAGUUCAGUGCUCUGUGGGUGGGUGAGUAGGAGCCAACUUCUUAGGGCUGAGGUCCCUUCGGUUCCCUAUCCCCACCGCCAAUAAAAUAUUUGAGGAGCCGCACUCCCCACCCCAAAGUUGAUAGGCAUUGCCAUUUGAAUUGUCACAUCUUUUGAUCGGUUAUGUGGUGCUUCCCUGCUCCCCCCACACGAUAUUUUUUUCGAGAUGGCACCCCUGGGUGCGCGGGUGGGUGCUUGCCUGAACCCGCGAGAGUUGGUCCUGUUCCUGUGUAUAGUCACUUAGGCAACUCAUCAGGCAUAAACUUGAACAAAGUGAACAAAAAUAAAUCCUGUUUUGAGAUGGGGGUGGGUGGGCAGGAGAUGUAUGUCUACGGGGUAAAGCUGGAAAGCAGGUGGAAUGGACUGUACAACAAGGAAUCUUCAUCACCAUUUAUUUCUACGCCACCCGAAUCAGAUGUCUGUCUUAUCCAACCUAAGAAACGAAUGGAGAUGGACUACAAUUCCAUGGACCUAUCCAAUAACACAGGGGUUGAAGACAAUUCUGAAUUCAAGGAUUUUGAAGGAACAGACGUGAAGGACAUGAGAUUAGAAGCGGAAGCUGUUGUGAAUGAUGUGUUGUUUGCUGUGAGCAACAUGUUUGUCUCUAAAAGCCUCCCAUGCGCAGAAGAUGUGGCGUACAUCAACGUGGAAACUAGGGAAAGGAACAGAUAUUGCCUAGAGCUCACAGAAGCAGGACUUAGGGUGGUUGGCUAUGCUUUCGACCAGGUGGAUGACAGCGUGCAAAAUCCCUAUCAUGAGACUGUCUACUCUCUGUUGGACUCUGUUAGCCCAGCGUAUCGAGAAGCAUUUGGAAAUGCUUUGCUACAAAGACUAGAGGCUUUGAAAAGUGAUGGACAAUCAUGAUAGAAUUUGCAAUCAAAGUGGGCUUCAACAAAAGUUGCUGCUGGAUCUAAAUAGUUUGUUCUGAGGCCUGGUGGCGGAGGGGGAAUAUUAUUAACCCGAACUCUUUGCUUUCAAAAAAUCCCUUGUUCCAUGACUUCCAGUGACACCAAGUUGUAAACUAUGUCCUUGAUACUGUUGUUCGGAGUUGGUUACCCAAUUUAUUUUUAAGGUAACAUAGUCACAUAUAUAGUUACUGUUAAACUUUCCUUUAGAUAGUUACAAUGUAACAGUCUAUAGUUUUGGUCUCUGAUAUUUAACUUUUAGCUUCAAAAUUCUUCUAACAACCUUUGUAUUUGUUCAGUAGUGUGCUUCACAAAUAACUUGGUUUUAAGAAAACCAAAUAUUUGCCAUAGCUAAUUUAAGGAAAUUGAUUUUGUUUCAUUGAAAAGUUUUGUAUUUAGCUCAACUUCUUGUAUGUGGAUUUAGACAUUCUCUAGCUCAUUCAUUAGAGUGGUAAGACGAAACAUUAUUAAAUAAAACAUCUCUUAGGGUAUGAUCCACUAAAACGUUAUGCCAGUACUUUUCAGUAACCGAACAACAGUGUGCAGUAUUUGGUGUAGUCUUGAGGGUAGCUACCGGCAAUGCUAAACAAUAGAUAUAGUGUUGGCAUAAUGAAUGUAUUCAUCAGCUGAAAUACAAAUAAGCACAGUAAUGAAAAAAUAAAAAGCCACAUUCUGCAUAAAGCCCAAUCCUGCAUUGCUUUUGUUAAACUAUUAAUACUGUGUAAAGAGAACUAUUUGCAUUGCUUUGACUGUUUACAUAAUGUACAGUAUAUCUAAAAGUAUUUUUGAAUAUUUACUAUAUUACAGUUACUGAGUAUUUCUGCAAAGCCCCAACAAUGCUGUAGCUUACAAUGGUUCAUUGCAUUGAUUCAAACCAAAGAAGGAAAUUGGUAUUUGAAUUGGGAGAAGAAUAGGUGGUCUUAAGUACACUACUACAGUAGUUACUUUCCAGUGCUGUAAUCUCAGUAUAUUUUCUUGGGAUAAAGGUGGUUAAAAAAACAAAAAAACCACCCACAAAGCUAUCGUAAUUGUGCAUUGUGAUAGAUAAUACUAACAGAUGUUUUAAUUCUCAAAGUGAAUUUACACAAUCAUCAGCUCUUUGAUGGAUGUAAAUUUAUAACUUGCAAACAUGAGUGAUGCUUUUUAACCUUGCUGAGAACCUGAUCUAGGAACUGAAGGAGUACCAGCUUAGUUGAAGCAUUUAUUACAGCUUUGUCUUAUUUCAGCUAAUUAUAGAAUAACUAAGAAUCUAUAGUAAAACGUGUUACGAAACAUUGACCGUUUCUUACUGUUUGAAACGCUGAAAUGUCUAGCUUUAUCCAUAUAUAGAAAAUUAGACUAAUGUGCAUUUCAUUUUCUAAGAAAACUGAGUACAUGUGCACUUACAAUCUGGGUUUAUAGCAUGGAAGUUAAGAAAACGAGGAAAAUACAUGAAGAAAAUGUGCUCUGUCCAUUUUAUCUGUACUUCCUUGACUAAGGCAGCCGUGUUUAUUUUAGCAGUUAUACACUUGAAAUAAAAGAAGAAAAGUGGUCUGCAUAGUGAGUUUGCUUCUUAAAAUAAAGAAUAAGAUAAAACAAUGGACAGAGGGGUUUUUAGAUUUCUGCACUAAACUCGCAGAUUUCGCUGACUAACUAAAACCUAAAGCAGCGGUAGAGACUGCACCCACGGAGGGGGGGGGGAGAAAAAAAGUUAACGCGCAAUCUGGGCAUUCAAGCGCUAGUCCGCUUUAUUUGUGCCUUUGUUUUCACAUUAUUCCAUUGGCCACGCCCCCU